AAGUGCGCCUAAACUGUGUGACGCGGUGUACGCGUUAAUCAUGUGCGCUUAUCACAAUCCUGCGUAUCCUCCAAACUACCCAGAAACUUCUUAUUAUGCCAACUUCCAGCCUAGUAGUCAGGAGUAUGUUCCUGCGGCACCACGUACGAACGGUAAUACUGGGAUGUCUUUUAUUCAAAACCAAUUUAUUCCCGACUUAGCUGUCCGUUAUGGUUCAGCUAUGUUUGAUGAAGGUGCAAACUUUGUUCACAAAAAUGUUGACCAAUACGUUAAUCGAUUUCGCAUAAAAUACUACUUUUCUGUCAAUAAUUCAUACGUUGCCAAAAAAGUCGGACUGAUCUUGUUCCCGUUUGCUCAUACAAAAUGGGGUGUAAAUUAUGAUCCUGCUGGACCUGUUCCUCCGGGUGAUGAUAUCAAUGCUCCUGAUUUGUAUAUUCCUUUAAUGGCUACUAUCACAUACAUACUUCUGAGUGGUGUUAUAUUUGGAUUUCAAGGUCGUUUUUCACCAGAGUACCUUGGGAUUUUAUCUAGUGAAGCUUUUGGCUGGUUAUUGCUUGAAGUUUUAUUAUCUCUUUUUGCAAUCUAUAUCCUCAAUAUUCAGAACAAUAUUUCUUAUUUAGAUAUAGUUGCCUAUUGUGGUUAUAAAUUUGUCAGCAUGAUAGUUGUAUUGAUUAGUUACAUUGGUUUGGAUCGACCAGGCUAUUAUUUUAGUUUACUGUAUACUAGUUUAGCAUUGGCAUUUUUCCUCAUAAGAAGCCUCAAACUCAAAAUUCUUCCACAUGUUGAAGCAUAUCCAUCUGAGUGUAAUAAACGCCGAUUAUAUUUACUACUUCUGAUUGCAUUCAUUCAACCAUUAUUAAUGUGGUGGUUGACACGUCGUGUUAUCCUGUAGGAAUUGUAAACCGUGAUGUUUUUUCCUUUGUUGUAUUUAUCAUCACCAUCAGAUAUGAAAAAAUUAAAUAUUGUCUGAAUAACAUCAUUUGCUUCCUAAUUUGUGUAUAAAAAAAUGCUAAACAGUUUCUAUCUAUUGUAUAAGUCACAUUCUUUUUUUUAAAGUAUUUAAAUAUUCGCUUAUUCAGAAAAAGAUUUUUCAACGACGAAUUGUCGUUACAUGUCUAAUGUAAAAGUGUUAAGGAUUGUAAAAGAUUGUUUCUGUGAGUUUAGUCGUGCAACUGUGUCUUCGCUUUCCAUCAUAUGCAUGUGUUCAAUGUUACCAGCUAUUUGUCUAUCAAUAUAAUUUAAUUAUUUAUUGUUUAUGUGUAUUUUGUUUUAGAUUCUAUUAUUUUAUUCAAUGGUUUACUGAAGUUUAUUAACACAGUUCAAUUUACUGAAUUGUUUACACUUUUUAAUGGUAGAUAACAGGCAUUAAACGUCUUCAGUUUUUACAUUCAUCCCAUUCUGAAGUUUGUUACCCUUGCAACAAUAAUAAUUACUGUCAAUGAUUUUAUAAUGUAGGCAAUCAUAGAUUAGUGAUUUUAUCAUACCUGAAAUAAUUUAACCUCAUACUGACGAAUCUAAGAAUACUUUUAAUGUUUACUUAAAAUAAGAGACAGUUUAAUAAAUAUCUAUCAUUUACUUUAUUUCACAUUUUGAUCAUUAUUACCUUCAUUAAAGGAGGUUGUUUUACUAAUUUGAAGGAUCUUAAAUAAAUCAACUUAAAAUUUUUGUGUAAAUGAUGAAAGUAUACGAUACUGACGACUUCGGUCAACUCGGAAAAUAGCAUAAAGACUUUAUACUUAUGAGUAAACAACUGUCAAAAUCGAAAUUCUAUCGCCAUAAAACUCAUUCAUUUGAUAAAGACCAGUUUGUGUCCAUGACUUUCGAUUCAUGUACAUGUGCUUUCUCACUAUCACAAUAUUUAUGUACAGAAUCAUUGAAAGAUCGUUGAAAUGGUGUUAUGAGAUUACUACUCGAUAAACAAAAUUCUUAAUUAUUUCAUCAAUCAGUUUAUAUGAUUCAAGAGUGUUUGUCAUUCAGUACAUCAGUAGUGACUGGAUUUAAUUCAGAAAAAGAGGAACGGA